AUGAAGAUUUUGUGCAGCUAUUUAUUUUUUGCAAUAUGUUGCUGGCAAGCGCCGGCCGAGCGAACCUUCUUCUUUCAGCCCAACAACGAACUCGUGACGACCUCCCUGGCGCUGCUGAAGGUGGACAGGGACUCCGAAGUGAUGAGCGAGCUGACGGUGUGCACGUGGCUCCAGGUUCAUCACUUCAGGGAGAAGACCUACGUGUUCUCCUACGCGACCUCGGACCGAGACAACAAUGAACUGAAUAUGGGGAUAAGACCUAACUGCGUUUUCUUGGCCGUGGGUGGGAAGUACCUCUUCAGCUGGAUGAACCACACCUUCGUACCUGACGUGUGGUACCAUUUCUGCUUCAUUGUGGUUGGCACGUCAUGGUCUGCCUACGUCAAUGGCAAACCCGACCGGAAGGGAAGUUUAGAAGAGAGGAGAAUUUUUCUGAAUGGGUCGCUUGUCCUUGGCCAGGAGACAGACCUACUCGAAGGAGGUUACCAAGAACAACAGAGCUUCUCGGGUUUCAUCACUGGAUUCAAGGCCCUGGAACCCAACGAAGUGACGUCUUUAGCAGUAUGUUCUGCAGGCGCUGACGAAGGUGACCUGGUGGGCUGGGGUUCCGCUCAGUGGCUGAUCAGAGGACCAGUGGAUGAGGUGGAGGUGUCUAGGGUGGAUUACUGUACGAAAAGAGUUCGCAUAAACGUAUUUCCCGAGAGACGAGGCCAGUCUGACGCCAUCCGCUGGUGUGAGAAAUUAAAGGGCAAGAUGGCUCUGCCGAAGGACGCCGAAGAGAACGCUCGCCUUUAUCACAUUAGCGAACCUUUUGCGGGCGUGUGUCAGCCGCCCAACCACGCCAAGGGCUUCCUGUGGAUCGCAGCUACUGACGAAGGGGAAGAAGGGCACUGGACGGAUUUUGAGGGCCAACCGCUCAACUACACGAACUUCAAAGACACCUACAAAUCAGGGACUCUCGACUGUGCUUGCAUGCUUGUCCCCCCUUACGUCGAGGAGUGGGACGACGCCAAGUGUGGUUCGCUCUACAAGUUCUGCGUUGCUUGCGAGGAGGACCAGGAGGCUCCUUUGGUGCUGAGGAUGAGGGGACUCUGUGAGCAGGACGAGAAGGCGGCCUGGUUCACGCUGCAGCAACGGCGGGGCGAUAAGGUUCUCCUGAAAGGCUUCACAAAGUACCUGAUCUACUUGGAAGAAGAGAGUAACAAGUGGCAUUUAUAUAACAUGUGGAUAAACAGAACAGUAGCCACUCUUAAUGGCCAGCCCGGAGUCUACCCUUUGGGCGUAAGAGAAUGGGUUAUAAACACCAGUUAUCAAGUGUGUGGCAAACCAGAAGGAUCCCUCGUAACUCUGGGACUGUCCGCUUGCUACGCCUGGGAAUACAGCUGCAAAGACGGCACCUGCAUCGACCUGGAACAGCGGUGCGACCUGAGAGUGGACUGUCCCGAUAAAAGUGACGAGAUCGGCUGCGAUAAACUAUUGCUACCCGAGGACUACCUCUCUCAGCUGACGCCUCCGGGGGGACUUGCUGGGGGUCCGCUGGGGGUCAACUUGUCCAUCAGUCUGCAUGGGUUUUCGGAGAUCAACGUCCAAGAUAUGAAGUUGACGGUAGAUUUCACCUUACUGCUAUCAUGGUACGACAUCAGACUUCAGUACCAGAACCUCAAAGAACUGGCUGACAUCAACUACAUCAAGCCAUCUGCAGUCUGGAGUCCAGCGAUUGAGCUAACCAACGCUGACUUCCCGAGGGUCCACAAAACGACCGAAGUGCUGACGGUGUCCAGGAACUCCGAACCGGAAGAGGACGACCCGAGUAGAGUUUGUCAUGAUAAGUUAUAUGAAGGUAUGAAAAACCCUUUGCAACUGAGUCAUAAGAUGAACGCCCCCUUCGUGUGCAACAUGGACCUCAGGAUGUUCCCCUUCGACACUCAACAUUGCAAGUUGCUCCUCACCCUCACCUCCGCCAGGAUAGACUUCUUAGAGUGGAGGCGCCUCGAAGUCACGUAUUUAGGCGAGACCUUCCUGACGGAGUACGAAGUCGCCACCAUCAGCAUCCAGAGGUCCUCCUUCCGAAACUACAGCGUGGCGGAAGUAGGGGUCACCCUCCACCGCCGCUUCUGGUCCUACGUCACUUCCGCCUACCUCCCCACCGUCAUGCUUAUGUUAAUUAGCUACGCCUCCCUCUUCUGCAAGCGAGAGAACGUCGACCUGCGUGUCAUGAUGGCCCUGACGACGCUGCUGGUGCUCUACGCCCUCUACCAGCAGAUCUCCGACGACCUCCCGAAGACGGCCUAUACUAAAGCUAUCGAUAUCUGGUGCUUCUUCGCCUGGACAUAAGGAUGUGCACAAGCCUAAGAAGCAACCAGGACGCGGACCCAACGCCGAAGGACCUGUGGAAAAGCGACGAACCUCUAGCUCGCACAGACAGAGCCUUCCGGAUACUCUAUGUUGUGGUCAAGUUCACCUUCUUUCUCGCCUACGGGUGUGUGAUCGUGGUGAAUGUGGAAUCGCGGGAUUGACAGUGAGGUAAAGAGGAUGUAACAGAAUGAAGAGAGUUGGAUGAUUUAUAUGUAAACACGGGUCGUUGUCGAUGCGCUGGAUGGGUAAGACAGGACAACCGCAUUAUAGCGUAGAUUAUAGCGAUACUGUAGUUUGGAUUUAUGAAAUACUAUGGAUGUCGGAGGGAGAUC